UUAAAGUACCUCGUAAUUUUCGCUUGUUGGAAGAACUUGAAGAAGGGCAGAAAGGAGUAGGUGAUGGUACAGUAAGCUGGGGCCUUGAAGAUGAUGAAGAUAUGACACUCACCAGAUGGACAGGAAUGAUUAUUGGGCCACCGAGGACAAACUAUGAAAACAGAAUAUACAGUCUGAAAGUAGAGUGCGGACCUAAAUAUCCAGAAGCACCUCCUACAGUUAGAUUUGUAACUAAAAUUAAUAUGAAUGGAAUAAAUAAUUCCAAUGGAAUG